GAGAGAGAGAGAGAGAGAUAGGACUUCCUCCCCGAUCGCAAAGUGAAGUCACUUCCCAAAAUUAGCUGAAAAAAAAGUUUCAUCCGGUUAACUGUCUCUCCGCUACAACAACAAACGUGCCUAGGGGAGCAAGGGCUGGGCGCUAGCACGGGGCACACAGAGCCGGCCCAGGGCGCCAGGGAGGCCGCGCCGGGCCAAUCUGAAGGGGCUGCGAGGUCAGGCUGUAACCGGGUCAAUGUGUGGAAUAUUGGGGGGCUCGGCUGCAGACUUGGCCAAAUGGACGGGACUAUUAAGGAGGCUCUGUCGGUGGUGAGUGACGACCAGUCCCUCUUUGAGUCAGCAUACGGAGCCGCAGCCCAUCUCCCCAAGGCAGACAUGACUGCUUCGGGGAGUCCUGACUAUGGGCAGCCCCACAAGAUCAACCCCCUCCCGCCGCAGCAGGAGUGGAUCAAUCAGCCAGUGAGGGUCAAUGUCAAGCGGGAAUAUGACCACAUGAAUGGAUCCAGGGAGUCUCCGGUGGACUGCAGUGUUAGCAAAUGCAGCAAGCUCGUGGGUGGAGGCGAAUCCAACCCCAUGAACUACAACAGCUACAUUGACGAGAAGAACGGUCCCCCUCCUCCCAACAUGACCACCAAUGAACGGAGAGUCAUUGUGCCCGCAGACCCCACGCUGUGGACGCAGGAGCACGUGCGCCAGUGGCUGGAGUGGGCCAUCAAGGAAUACGGCUUGAUGGAGAUCGACACGGCCUUCUUCCAGAACAUGGACGGCAAGGAACUCUGCAAAAUGAACAAGGAGGACUUCCUGCGAGCCACCUCCCUCUACAACACCGAAGUGCUGUUGUCACACCUCAGUUACCUCAGGGAAAGUUCACUGCUGGCCUAUAACACAACCUCCCACACCGACCAGUCCUCACGACUGAGUGUCAAAGAAGAUCCUUCUUAUGACUCAGUCAGGAGAGGAGGAUGGGGUAAUAACAUGAAUUCUGGCCUCAACAAAAGUCCUCCCCUUGGAGGAGCACAGACGAUGAGCAAGAACACUGAACAGCGGCCCCAGCCAGAUCCAUAUCAGAUCCUGGGUCCCACGAGCAGCCGUCUGGCCAAUCCUGGAAGUGGGCAGAUCCAGUUGUGGCAAUUUCUCCUCGAGCUACUCUCCGACAGUGCCAAUGCCAGCUGCAUCACCUGGGAGGGGACCAAUGGGGAGUUCAAAAUGACGGACCCAGACGAAGUGGCCAGGCGCUGGGGGGAGCGGAAGAGCAAGCCCAACAUGAAUUAUGACAAGCUGAGCAGAGCCCUCCGGUAUUACUAUGAUAAAAACAUUAUGACCAAAGUCCAUGGUAAAAGGUAUGCCUACAAGUUUGACUUCCAUGGCAUUGCCCAGGCUCUGCAACCACACCCGACCGAGUCAUCCAUGUACAAGUACCCUUCCGAUAUCUCCUACAUGCCUUCCUACCACGCCCACCAGCAGAAGGUGAACUUCGUCCCUCCCCAUCCAUCCUCCAUGCCCGUCACUUCUUCCAGCUUCUUUGGAGCAGCAUCACCAUAUUGGACCUCCCCAACUGGUGGGAUCUACCCUAAUCCCAAUGUCCCCCGUCAUCCUAAUACCCAUGUGUCUUCACACUUAGGCAGCUACUACUAGAAGCUUAACCAUGGUGGCCUUCCACUCUUCCCGGAUACUUUGGACCCUAAAGGACCUAUGUGGCCUCUGGUUGAAAACAAAACUGGAUGUUCUUUCUUGUUGGAUAAAACCUUUGUUCUUUAAAAAAAAUUUUUUUUAAUGUCAUUAACUCUUGCUUCCUCUACCGAAAGAAAAAGAUGGAUCCUUCCAUGGGCCAGUAGACCAGUUUGGAUUCUUAACCUCCUAUCAUUUUUUUUAAAUGAAUGGAAUAUUUUAGAUGACUGGAAUGAUUCUAUCAUGGUUCUAAAACAAAACAAAAAAAGAAGCUGUAAAUUUUCUUUCUACUUUUUAAUGACCAAAGCAGUUUCUUAUCAACACACGGGUCUCAUCAUUGUAGGAUUCAAUACAAUAAUGAAUCAUGGACUUAACCAGUCAUGUUCUGGUUCGAAACUAAGUGGAAAUAGAGGCAGGAAGCUCAGAAUCUUACUUUUAAGAGGACCAAGUUCAGUGGAUGGCAACUGGAACACUGGUUGUAAGGCCAGUGAAGUUUUCACCCAACUGGAAUUUAAAAGACAUGACGUGUGUGUGUGAGUGUGAGUGUGUGUGUGUGUGUGUGUGUGUGUAUUUAUGAACCCAUGGGCAUCGGAAAAUCCCUGUUAGUGGUCCAUAUGCACUCAGCUUAUUGUUCUCUCUACAAAUAGUCAAGCUUUGAACUAAGAAAUUCUAAUGCAAACACAGACAUUCCUGAAAGACAAAUGAUUUAGAUAACUAUUUUUUGUAAUGACAAUGGGUCCCAGAACUUUGAAAAGUCACGGGGAUUUCUAAACUCAAACAGAUUCGCAAGCGCUGUGCGUUUGUUAGACCAUCAGACCAGGGUCGACCAAUCAGAAGGCAUCUUACUGUAUAAAUUAUGCAGAGUUAUUUUCCUAUAUCUCACAGUAUUAAGAAAAUAAAUAAUUAAAAAAUUAAAAAGAAUAAAUAAACGAGUUGACCUCGGUCACAAAUACAAUGUUACUAUCAAAUCAAUCCUUGUUAUUUUUUUAAGUGUAAUUUGUACAUCUUUUUUUUUUGUCAAUCUGUACAUUUGGGUUCUUUGUACGUUUUUAUAGCUGGUUUUUAAAAAAUGCAUAAUGUGACUAUUGCUGAAAAGAAAACAGAGUGUCUAAGUCAUUGACUUAAUAGGAAAAAGAAGCACUGGUGAUAUUUAACAGCCAUGCAGGGGCAAGAGCGGUCCAUUUAAAUCUUUAAUGCUUUGGAAAUGUGUGUAAAUAACCGCAUUGCAAUAAUCACAACUCUGGAAAGGACAACCAAACUUUCCCUUGUGGAGGCAAGGGAUUUUCCUGCUCUAUAUAUGCAAUAUAUUUUUAGACUUUAAAAUAUAUAUAAUUUUGCAGGUAAUCGCUGACUUUUAACUAUAUUAAGUGUUAAGCUGACAACUGUCAUGAAGACUAUGUUGUAAAAUAAUUUGACUAAAUAAAUUGUGCCUUCUCUCAGAA